AUGGCAAAUUCUACUCUAGCUUCAAUGCCUAUCCCCAUGAUGUUUGGAGGCGAAAACUAUGAGUAUUGGUCUGUCAGAAUGAGGGCUUUCUUGAUGGCACAUGAUCUAUGGGAGAUUCUUGAAGAAGGUUAUACUCCACAGGAGAUGGAUGCAGACCCUACUGUGAAUCAAAUGAGGCAAGAGAAGGAUCGUAGAAUAAAAAAUAUGAAGGCUCUUACCUUCUUGCACUCUUCUGUCACUGAGCCAAUUUUUCCUAAGAUUGUGGUUGUUACAAUAGCAAAAGAGGCUUGGGAUAAAUUACAAAAAGAGUACAAAGGGUCUGAGCAAGUGAGAGCAGUAACAUUGCAAACUUUGAGCAGAGAGUUUGAAAAUCUAAGGAUGAAGGAUGCUGAAUCCGUAAAGGACUGCUCUUCUAGAGUGGCUAAUGUGGUGAAUCAGCUUAAAUUGAAUGGAGAGGACGUACCAGACAAAAGAGUGGUGCAAAAAAUGUUGAUUACCUUACCCGAAAAGUUUGAUGCUGUUACCACAGCUAUAGAGCGUACAAAGGAUCUGUCAAGUCUUUCUUUAACUGAACUUACAGGUGCUUUGUUAGCCUAUGAGCAAAGGUUAACGUCAAGAUCUGAGGUACCUAUUGAAGGAGCUCUUGCGGCAAAGUUUAAACCGCAAAGUUCAAGUGAAGGUGGAGGAAAACAACACCAAGAAGGGAAGAAGAAAGGCAAAGGAGACUUAUUUUCUCCUUGUAUUCAUUGUGGAAAAACCAACCAUCUUGAGAAGAAGUGUUGGAAGACAAAGCAAUGCAAAUUUUGCAAGCAAGUGGGCCAUAUUGAAAAGUUUUGUAGAGCCAAAAAGCAGAAUCUAAAUCAGCCACAAUAUCAUCAAAGAAAUCAAAAUCAGCAAGCAGCAUUUGCACAUGAAAGGAAUGGUGAAAACCAUUUGUUUGUAGCUUUUCAUGGAGCUGAAUUGAGUAGCAAGGAAACAUGGUUUGUAGACAGUGGUUGCACCAAUCAUAUGACCAAUAUGGAGCAGAUUUUUCGCAAUUUAGACACAAAUGUGAAGGCCACGGUGAAAAUUGGAAGCGGAGGAGUCCUACCAGCCAAAGGUAAGGGUACCAUUGCUAUCCAAACAAAGAAAGGUACAAGAUAUAUUGAUGAAGUACUUUUAGUGCCUGGCUUGGAUUCAAAUUUACUAAGUGUGGGUCAAAUGCUUGAAAAGAAAUAUGCUGUGCAUUUUCGAGAUAUGAAAUGCAAAAUCUAUGAUCCUCAUGAUGUUAAAAUUGCUAGUUUGUCUAUGCAUAAUAGAAGUUUUAGCAUUCAAUGGCAUAGCUUACUUGCAAAUAUGUCUAGAGUUGAU